AUGAAGUCUUACUCUCUUCUCUCCGCCGUCGUGAUGCUCGGCCAGACCGCCUCGGCGGCUUGGACGUCAGCCGCGGACAAGUCGAUCGUGUACAGCUCGGUCCCGGGUUUCUUCCUGCAGGACGACAACACGACUAGCCCUACCGGCUUUGACUAUGCCACGGUCAACUUUGGCUUGAUUGACCGCGCGUACCCUACUGACAAGCGGUUCGAUCCCGAGGGCACGGCUAGCCAGUGGGAACGGUUCGAGUACUACGUCGCGUCCCUCAACUCGGGAUGCAGGCCCAGGGACAACGUGCGGUACAAGGUGCUCUUCAUGGGCCGUCACGGAGAAGGAUGGCACAACGCGGCCGAGUCCUUUUACGGCACCCCGGCGUGGAACUGCUACUGGGCCGAGCAGACAGGCAACGGCACCGCCGUAUGGGCCGAUCCUCUCCUCACUCCCGCGGGCGAGUACGAAGCCUACAAAGCCAACGCCUACUUCAAGGACCGGUACGAGACGCAAAACAUGCCGCACUUCGAAUCCUACUACUCGAGCCCCUAUCGCGGUGCACCAUCACGGCCAACAUCACCUUCGCCGACCUCGCCCUCCCCGAGGACCGCCCCUUCGCCCCCCAAGACGGACAUCGCCGCCCUGUUCCCCUCGUACCGGUUCGAGGACGGGUUCUCCGAAGAGGACGAGCUGUGGCACAGCUACGAGGCGGAGACGACGGCGGCGCAGGCGGUGCGUGCCAAGACGGUGCUGGACGACGUGUUCCGCGGCGACGACACGACGUGGAUCAGCGUGACGAGCCACUCGGGCCAGAUCACGCAGCUCCUCGCGGCGCUGAACCAUCGCGCGUUCCGCUUGUCCACGGGCCAGAUUAUCCCCGUGCUCGUCAAGGCGACGCUCGCGGACCCGCGGCCCGCGGAGACGGUGGAGGCGUACGAGCCGUAUUCGACGUGCGAGGCGCCGCCUGUGACGAGCGUCGCUGGGCAGGGGUGCGUGUGCGAGGCUACGACGGCGGGGGUGCCUAUGGCCACGGCGGUUGUGCCGCGCCGGCUGAGGUGA